CGUUGGAACAAAACGGCGAGUGUUUUUAGUGAACCAGACAAUACUGACAUACUUACUUAGUAUGCGUAUCCUACAAAAAUAAUUAUUAACCAGAGAAGUCAUAUUAGCUUAAGUACUUCCUUCAAAUAGGUCUCAAAAUUGUCUCAACUUGUAAAUCGACGAAAUAACAUAAUAUCAUUGAAGAUUGGUCCGACGUUAUGCAUCAUCACGAUGGUAUCUUCUUCGUUACUUGAAGGAUGGACGUUAUCACACAUGGUGCGUCUGAACUCAAUCCAAAUCUAGAAAUGUGUUGAUCUGACCGCUUCUGAAAAACUUCAUGAAUUGUCGAUGUGACGCAUCAAUCAUCUUGCGACCAUUUGACCUUCACGUGCUCGCAACCUUCGUCAGCGGACGAUACCUCUGAAGCGUUGCCAUUUUACUGUCCUCCAACUAUGUCGAAACUAUUCGAUCUUCGUAGUUUAGUAUCGUAACUGAGAGCCGCUGAAGGUCGUUAGUCAGGUCUACGUCCACUGGCUUCGAGGGAAGUACAGGUGAAUGCAUCACACAGCAUACCGUGCUACAAGUCAAUUCCGGAAUACGAGACUUCUCUUUCAUGUCUAUACCCAAAAGAAACUCAUAUGCUAUUUAAUACAUGUUCCUUGUCCGAGAGAUCAUCGUGGUCAAAACAUUGUCCACAGUUCGAUAAUAUCCAAUUGAAAUGUCUACCGAUCGACAAUGGAUCCAAUAGUAUACGAUCUGUACCGAAUGCUUGUUUCACACGUGUCAGUCCAACCAGAAUACACAAUCCCCGUGUAGUUUUAUUUUCUCUUGAUGCACUUAGUUUGCUAAAUAUUCGUCAUGAAGUUAACCAUCUUAAUGAACAAAAAUGUAUAGAGAAAACAGGAGAAACAAAUCAUCUAGUUGAAUAUUUGUCAGGAAACAAAUUAUGGCCUGGUAGUGAUCCCACAGCUCAUUGUUAUUGUGGGUAUCAAUUUGGUAGUUUUGCUGGUCAACUUGGAGAUGGUGCAGCAAUUUCACUUGGUGAAGUGGUCAAUAAACAAGGUGAACGUUGGGAAUUACAAUUGAAAGGCUCAGGUUUAACUCCAUUUUCUCGGCAAGGUGAUGGAAGAAAAGUAUUACGUUCCAGUUUACGAGAGUUUCUAUGCUCUGAGGCAAUGUAUUAUUUAGGCAUUCCAACUACUCGAGCUGCAUCAAUUAUCACAUCUGACACUCUGGUUGAACGUGACAUGUUUUAUACAGGUGAUAAUAUCACUGAAAAAGCCAGUAUAACAAGCAGAGUAGCUAAGACAUUCAUCAGGUUUGGAUCUUUUGAAAUAUCUAAGUCCCCAGAUCCAAUUACUGGGCGUUUCGGACCAAGCGUUGGUAAUUUGACAAUUGUUUCACAACUUACUAAUUACGUAAUACAGCAAUUUUAUCCUCAUAUUUGGUCAGAAUAUUCAAAUGAUAUUAUUAAUUGUUAUGUGGAAUUCUUUAAAGAAGUAGUGAAACGUACAGCUAACCUAGUCGCUCUUUGGCAAACUGUUGGAUUUUGUCAUGGUGUAUUAAAUACAGACAAUAUGAGUAUUAUUGGCUUAACAAUUGAUUAUGGACCAUUUGGUUUUAUUGAUCAGUUCACUUGGGAUCAUAUAUCGAAUACAUCGGAUCCAAAUGGACGUUAUUCAUAUGCUCAACAACCAAGUGUUUGUGCAUGGAAUUUAGCUCGUCUAGCUGAAUGUUUAAUUCAAGCAUUAACUGAUCAACAGAAAUGUUCAUCUGAUAAAACAACGAAUAAAGAAUGCAUAUUUGUUGAUAAUCUUACAAAAAAAUUCACUAAUGUUUUGGAUACUACAUAUAUGUCUUGUUUUAAAAGUGUCUAUUUGGAAAGAAUGCGUAAAAAGUUAGGUUUGUUUUAUGCCAAGGAUGAAAUAGAUACAGAACUUACUCAAAAUUUAUUUAAUACAAUGGAAAUGACUGGUGCUGAUUUCACAAAUACAUUUUUAGCCUUAGAAGAUACUUUAUCACAAGUUGUAUAUCAAAAUAAUGCAGAUUUAUUAAAACCUGAUCUCAUUGUUAAAGAAUGUUGUAGUUUAAGUCAAUUACAAGAAACAUUUGAACCGAUUAAUAUGGAAUUACAUCGUCAACUAUCUGCAAAAUUUACCGGUAUUCAUGAAAAUAUCAUAGAUCAACUAGAAGAAACGAAAAUUUUGAAAAGUAAAGAGAAAGAAAAACUGUACAAAGAACUAGAGCAUAUGACAGAAGAAGAAUACCAAGAGAGAAAUAAACGUCUAUGGUCUAUGUGGUUACAAGCAUACGAAGUACGUUUAAAAAUAGAUUUCGAAGGGAAUCAUGAUAAUACCAAAACACAAUUCUCUGAACGUUUAAAUUUAAUGCAGUCUGUAAAUCCUCGAGUAGUUCUACGUAAUUAUCUUGCCGAAGAAGCUAUUAAAUCAGCUGAUAAAGGAGAUUAUACAGUUGCACAACAAUUAUUCAACUCAUUGACCACACCUUUUAAAAAUCCUGAUAUGUCUUUGAAUAACGAGUCUUUUCAUCUUGUAUCCCGGAUUAAAUAUCGUCCUCCUGAUUGGUCUCGUAAACUACGUGUUUCUUGUUCAUCUUAACAUCCAUCCAUAGUGUAUUUUAAUAUCUUGCUUCAAUAUACGAUACUCCCAGAUGUUCAACAAUUUGCUUUUAAAUUUCAUUACCAAAUACAUCAAAAACACUAAAUAUUAUACCUUUGUUUUACUAUCAUUCAUUUGUGUCAAGUUACUGUGUUGUUUAGGAGCUGUAUUUUGUUAGUUGACUUCCGAUUCUGUUGUGCUUCCAAAAAGAAAAGAAUAUGUUCUUGAUUUGUGUUUGGGUUUGUGUGAUCAGGCCGUUACUACAAAAUUAGUUGUACUAUCUAGUUUGUUAGUUGAUUAGUUUGUCCAUAUUUGUUUUAAGACCAGUGACCUUCUUCAUCAAAUUGU